AUGUCAACACCAGUCGAAUUCCCCGCCUCGUUCGUGAGACCGUGGCUCGAACUAUUGCGGUCUCACCAAAGCGAACAGCAGCAGGACUUCCCCAACCGGCACGUCGCACAUCCAGAGUCCCUCAUCACCACGAGCAUCCCGAAAUCCCUUGACCUGGGCACCGGCCUCUCGAUCUUCACCCGCGCCAUCCUUCCGGCCAUUCUGUCCGCCACCCACUCCGUUCACUUCGUCACCUGCUACUGGGCAGCUUCCCCCACGCUCGAUGCGCUUCGGGAGACCCUUUGGCAGCUUGCCUCGUCGCGAAAGCACCGCACCGCCGGCGCGCCAAAGCUACGCAUCACCAUCGGUUUUUCUUCCAGUGGACUUCUGCAGAAGCUCUUUCACACCUCCUCCAGGGCCGGCCACAUCUAUCCGCCAGCCCAAUGGCGCAAGCUGGGCCUUCCGGACGAAAGCUCGCUCCGGGACGGCGGCAUCGAACUGACGGUCAAGAGUCUCUUCUUCACCCCUCUGAGCGUUAUCCAUCCCAAAUACGUCAUCGUCGACGAGGCAAGAGCCUUCGUCCCCAGCUGCAACGUAAGCUGGGAGCGCUGGUUCGAGGGCUGCAUCGAGCUGGAGGGGGAGGCCGUGUCGACCAUGCUGUCCUUGCACGCCGCCGUUUGGGAAAUCGGGUCAAGAUCAAGAUCGUUGCCGAAUGCCAACAUCAAUAACAACGCUGCGACCGGCGGCAACUUCCAAAGCAGGCAUUCCGCAACGGAAGGAGACGGAGAGGUGUUGGAAUCGAUCACGAGCUGCACUGCCUUGUCCGAUGGCCCCUACGGCCGUGGCUUGUCGACCACCCAGUCCAUCAAGAUUGCCUUUCCACACCCGGUCCCGACGAUAUUCCUGCCGUCAUCGCACCACCGAAAUCCCCGCUUCACUUUCUUUCCAUUCUUGUCGCGGUCCAGGCCGCCCAUGACGCCGCUCAACGGCGCGCUCCUUACCCUCUUCGCCAACGCGCAGAGUGACAUUGCCAUCCUGACGCCCAACAUGACCUCCUGGCCUGUGCUCGACGCCCUCCUCGACGCCCUCGACCGGGGUGUCAACGUGCAGAUUCGGACGAGCAAGAACAUGAUGUUGAUCGAGCAGCUCAUCACGGCCGGCACAACCACGUCGAGAUGCCUCGGUCAUCUUGUCAAGAAGUAUCGACAGCGGCAGAGGCAGAGGCAGAGGUCGGAUCUCGAGGCCCAGGCCGCGUCGCUGGGGAGGCUGGAGAUAUUGUACUACAAGCCCCUCGACGGUCGCGGCGACGAGCCGGUCUUUAGCCAUUUCAAGAUGACCUCGGUCGACCACGACUAUCUCGUUCUCGGCUCCGGCAACAUGGACAGGGCCAGCUGGUGGACGAGCCAGGAGCUGGGCGUGCUCCUGUACGUGCCCGGAUUUGCCGCAAGCAAGAUGUGCGACUCGGUCUUGAACAUGCGCACGGAGCUUUACUUUACUUCGGCCGGCUACUGA